GGCACUUCAUUUCCCAGAAUGCUUUGCACGAGUCCCGGCUGCUGCGUCGUUGUGUGUGAAUGACAGAAGGGGACACGGCUAAUGGCUAAAAAACUGGAAAUUGUUUUUAGUGGAAAUAAAGUUCAGAUAUAAAAUGCAGAAGCCGACAACACAUGUAGAGGCGUGGGUGUUGAUAAGCGCAGAGUGAUGAUGCGUUUCCUGUGUGCUGCUGAGCUCCGGCGCUUCAUCCAGCUCUCUCGGGUGUGGUCACAGUCGUCCUGCGAGUCCCUGGUUCUCUCUCGGAUGCGGCUGGGGUCAGGAUGCCGCCGGAUCUGCACCUCGUCCUCAUCCUGGGCUCCUGGGAGAACUCCACCCGGAGACGGUCAGCUCAGGCAGGACGAGUCGCCAGACACCGAUCCUCUUCAGGAUCAGUCCAUGGGCCUGGCUCAGAGAUUCAAGAGAACCUUUAAGCAGUACGGGAAAGUGAUGAUCCCCGUGCACCUGCUCACCUCCUGCAUGUGGUUCGGAGGGUUUUACUACGCCGCCAUGAAAGGAGUCAAUCUGCUGCCCUUCCUGGAGCACCUGGGACUUCCUGAGAAACUCAUCAAACUCCUGGAGAAUUCUCAGAGCGGCAAUGCGCUGACCGCCUACGCCAUGUACAAGAUCGCCACUCCGGCGCGCUACACGCUGACGUUAGGUGGGACGUCUCUCUCGGUGAAGUACCUGCGUAAACACGGCUACAUGUCGACUCCGCCCCCGGUGAAGGAGUACCUGCAAGAGAAGAUGGAAGAGACGAAGGAGCGAUUCUCCGAGAGGAUCGAGGAAACCAAGGACAAGUUCAACGAAAAACUCCAGGAGACCAAAGACAAAGUGGGCUUCCGGAAGAAACCCGAAUAAAGACGGACAUCAUCGGCGUGUAAAUAAUGAGCUAUCAGUAUAAAGUAAUAAAGGCUAAUCAUGUCAGUUCACUUCCUGUUUCAGUUCACUUCCUCUUCACUUCCAGCAUCACUUCCUGUUUACUCACUCAUUAAAAAAAAUAAAAGCGACA